AUAUCCCUGGACGUAGAAGCAGAGGAAGCUUCAUUUUCAGCAAAACCAUGAAUGAAGAAGCUCAUCGUACACCUACCUAUCAGAGCCUUACUGCGUCAAGGUCUCUACCCAGAAGCCCUCCAAGCCUCCACAUCAACUUCACCUCUCAACCCAUUUCUAACAAACCAAACCUACGCUCUUUUUCUUAAGUCGGGUCACCGCCUGGACCCCUUCCUCGCCUCAGCUGUCAUUUCCCAAUUUGCCAAAUUGGGUCUCUUUUAUCACGCCCUUCAGUUCCUCAACGACACCCCUGACCCGGAUACAGUCUCUUACAACGCCCUCAUUGCUGGGUUGGCCCGCUCCGGCAGACCCGGACCCGUUUUCGAUCUCUUUGAUCGGUUGAGGCAUGUGGGUCUCAGGCCUGAUGCUUUUACAUUGAGUUCUUUGGUGAAGGCUUGUGAUGGUUUGGAAGAGAAUGAGAUUGCCCAUGGGGUUUGUUUGAGGUUGGGGCUUGGCUAUGGAGGUUUUGUGGUUAGUGGGUUGGUUGAGAAUUAUAUGAGGAAUGGGGAUGUUGGGUCGGCUGAGAAGUGUUUUAGGGAGUGUUUGGUUGUGGACAAUGUGGUUUGGACUGCUAUGGUUUCUGGGUAUGUUUGGAGUUGUGAGUUUGAAAAGGGUAGAGAGGUUUUUGUGGAGAUGAGGGGUUUGGGUUUGGAGUUGAAUGAGUUUAGCUUGACUGCUGUGCUUGGUGCAUUGUUUGAUGAGAAAGAGGGGGAACAGGUUCAUGGGGUUGGUGUCAAAAUGGGAUUUUUAUGGGGGUGUUCAGUUCAUUUGAGUAAUGCAAUUAUGAAUAUGUAUUCUAGGUGUGGGAAUAAGCAGAAUGCCGCAAAGGUUUUCGAUGAAAUUACUGACCCAGAUGUUGUUUCUUGGACUGAAAGGAUAGGAGCUGCUUCUGAUGGUGUGGAAGCUUUAGAACUGUUCAAAAUUUUGCACUCUGGGGAUUUGAAGGUAAAUGAAUAUACAAUUAUAAAUGUAUUGUCAGCCAUUGUAGGGCUGGGGAUGUUAAAUCCCGGUAAGCAAAUCCAAGCACUUUGUCAGAAGCUGGGGUAUUUACGGGUGGUUUCUGUUGGCAACGUGUUAAUAUCCAUGUAUGGGAAGUGUGAGCAGAUUGGUGAUGCUAGGUCCAUAUUUGAUGAUAUGCUUUGCCGAGAUUCUCUCUCUUGGAAUUCUUUGAUUGCUGGAUAUUCUGAGAAUGGACUUGUUACUCAGGCUUUGGAGGUACUUCGUUGCAUGCGUGAUAUCUCAUUACAGCCUAAUGGGUAUACUGUGGCUAGCCUUCUUGAAGUCGCCUCCAACUUGAAUUCCCCAAGGCUGGCAACGCAAAUCCAUUCACAUGUGAUCAAAAUUGGGUUCAUGGUGGAUGAUCGUGUGGUGGCUUGCUUGAUAGUGACAUACGGGAAAUGCAAUUGGAUUGAUGAAUCAAAAAGGAUAUUUUAUGAUAUUAACAAGAUAAAUUUGGUACUUCUUAAUGCAAUGGCAACUAGUUUUGUCCGUUCCGGUUGUCAUGCUGAUGCUAUCAAUUUGUUCCAUAUCUCGAGGGGCUUGAAACUUGAAGUGGACAGUUCAACUUUCAGUACUGUCCUUAAAGCUUGUGGUGCUAUAACUGAGUUGGAACAGGGAAGAGUGAUUCACUCCCUGGCUCUUAAAACUGGAUUUGAUCAAGGGAGCUUUGUUGAAAGCGCUAUUAUUGACGUUUAUUGUAAGUGUGGAAGCAUAGGUGACGCAGAGAAGGUGUUUAGACAUGCUUCCACAAACAAUUUGGCUUCUUGGAAUGCGAUGGUGAUGGGAUAUGCUCAACAUGGUUUUCAUGAUGAAGUUUCGGAACUAUUCAACAAGAUGUCUAAAUUUGGAGUAAAACCAGAUCAUAUAACUUACCUGGGAGUUCUUACUUCAUGUUGCCACGCAGGUCUUGUCAAAGAAGCUUGUAGUUACUUAAACUCAAUGUUUCAGCGUGAUGAGCUAAUGCCACAUAUAGAACACUAUGCUUGCGUGGUCGACCUACUUAGUCGACUUGGACUCCUAGAAGAAGCAAAGAGGACCAUUGAUCAAAUGCCCAUUUGCCCUGAUGCUCAUAUAUGGCAGAUUCUUCUAUCGGCCUGUACAAUCCAUAAAAACAUGGACAUGGGGAGAGUCGCAGCACAGAAGCUUCUUGAGUUGGAGCCUGACAAUGAAUCUGCUUAUAUUUUGCUUUCAAAUCUCUAUGCCUCAGCCGGUAUGUGGAGUGCUGUUGGAAAAGUGAGAAAGGAAAUGAAGGAAAAAAUAGUCUACAAAGAGCCUGGUUCUAGUUGGCUUCAAGUUGGAGGAUUGCUUCAUUACUUUUUAGCUGACGAUAAAUCACAUCGUGAUAGUAAAGAAAUACAUACGGAGCUAAUAAGGUUGUUUCGGCAAAUGUCAGUGACAUCAAAAUUGGAAAAUGACGGUCCAAGUUUAAUGAUCUAUGACUUAUAAAAACACAUCAUGAGAGUAAAAACAUAAAUAUUGAGCCAUUCACAUUGCUUGCUUGGCUACCCCUUCUGGCAUCCUCUGGGUUGACAAGUGAAGUACUUGCCAUCUGAUCAGGUUGGUUUUUCAAUUUAUGAAGUCCAGUCACAUAUGCUCUUGCGUUUAGUAUUAGACCAUAUUGCGAGGUUUUACUAUUUUAUCCAAAUAUGCACAUGUCUUCUUCCUUUUUGUUUGCACCCCCUCCAAUCUCUAUAUAACAUUGCUCAUCAAUUCUCUGUUCUUGGUUAUGGAUUGCAUAAACAAUUAUUAACCUGCUUUCCAAGGUUAUUUUCCAUUGCUUCAACAGUUAUGAGUAUAACAAUCAAACUUAUAAUAUCGUCAUGUUCUGCUAACAUUGUGAAUUGUGGCCUUGUAAGUGUUUAAAACUACAAAUGAAUUUAGCAUCUUUGACACAAAAAUAUGCUUGAAUGUUGGUUUCUGUUGUAUAAUCUGUGCCACUCGUGAAAGCCAGAUAUAGCCAUUUCCUUGUCAUUUUUUUGUUUUUUUUUUUCCUUUCUUUUCCCCAGUAAAUUGCUAUAUGAGACUAGAAACUAUCAAUUGAGCUUGAACGGAAUAAGAAAAACAAAAUGAUAUAAGAAGAGCUAAAUACAUUAAUAAGGCAGUGAUCAACUGAUCAUACAUUUUUAGAAAAUGAUAUGAAUCUACAAUUUCUACUGAUCUUGCUCUCACUAAAACUGGGUUUUCCUGCUGCGCUGUUUGCGAUCUGAAGAGGCUUUGGAGAGCACAGAGACUAUGGAAUGAAUGGCAUUUGCAGCUAUUCUUGAUUUUAUCUGUCCCCGCUUUGGAAGAGGCUUUCUGCUUCUGAAGCUUUUGGCAAUUUCAGCUGCAGGAACAUCAGAGACCUUGCUAUUCAUUUUGUGAUUUGAAGAAAUGUCGAAUUUUCUUUUCUUUUCUUUUUUGCUUUAAGACUGCUUUUUUGUUUGAUGGAUGUGGAUAGAGUGGCAUUGGUUGGGAGUUUAUAUAGAGCUCAUUGUAUCAUCAAAGGAUGGGGGUGGAUUGAUCCGGGAAGAUCAGAGAAGACUAGAAACAAGCUUUUUCAGACUGGUGUUUGUUAGGGGGCAUGCCAGCGAGAUUGUCUGGCUGUACAGAGAUUCUUUUCAGCUCAACUUGAGACAAUAUAAAUUUGUGUGAUGAUUUGGUGACUGAUUAUGAUUGAUUAAGAGUAUUAUCCAUAGUUUAAUGCAAAAGAUUGGUUUGAGCUUGUCUUAACUUGAACACGUGCGGGUUAUGUAGGAGCUCUGGUGGACCUUGAGGCUGGUCCCUGGUUUUCUUUAGUGGAUUUGCUGAAAGGACUAGGGGAAGACAGACUUUAAAACAGCGGGAGACCUUCUUGGAAAUGUCAAACGGCCAUUCUGCUACUUACAGGUGAAGCUAUCUUGUUCUAUUAUUUGAAUAUGUUUGUUUUUUGGUCGAAUUAUUUGAAUAUGUGUGUUGUAUUGUAUCACAUGGUUGGGUAGAUUGAUCCCCUAGGAAAAAGUCAAGUGAGAUAGAGAGAGAGAUGAAAAUGAUGAAGAUUGUGA